CCUCUCUCUCUCUCUCUCUCUCUCUCUCUCUCUCUCUCUCAUCAUCUGCCCUCUGUCUCUGGCUGUAAGCCCGGGGAGGGAGAGAAGAGCAGCAGCCUACCUUCUGCCAACCCUGCCCAGCCUGUCGUUCUUCUCCUGAUUGCCACCCCCCUCGAUCUUGGUUGUGCGGGUGGAAGCUCGGGGAGUCGACUAUGGAUGAGAGAAUACCAUCUCCUGCUUACUUCCAGUACUCUCCUUCCGGUGUGCACUCAUCGCCUUCCCCCCACCACUCCAUCAGGUCUCCUGCGUCUUCCGAUAGAGAGAGAUAUUUGGCCGAAUUAUUGGCUGAGAGGCAGAAAUUGGGGCCAUUCAUGCAAGUACUUCCAUUUUGCAACAGGCUUUUAAACCAAGAAAUUAUGCGGGCUUCUGGUUUAGCACCUAACCAAGCAUUUGUCGAUCCUGAGAGAAUUGAGCAUGGCUCUCCAUUAAGAUUAGCUGGACACCCAUCAAAUGGUGGACCAAUGGAUCUGGAGGGUUGGUCGGGCAUGCAGGCUGAGGAAAAUGGAUACUUCCACAGAAUGGGGGCCAUUCAAACGUCAACUGCAGGCUGGAAUGGAAUUCCUGGAGUCAGUACCAGCCCCAUCGUGAAGAAAGUCAUAAGGCUAGAUGUUCCCGUUGACAAGUAUCCAAAUUUUAAUUUUGUUGGCCGUUUAUUGGGACCUAGAGGAAACUCCUUGAAAAGAGUUGAAGCUACAACUCAGUGCAGAGUUUACAUACGGGGACGGGGUUCAGUGAAGGAUUCUGUGAAGGAAGACAAACUAAGAGAUAAACCCGGAUACGAGCACCUGAAUGAGCCAUUACAUGUCCUGGUCGAGGCAGAGUUUACAGCAGACAUCAUCGAUGCUCGUUUAAAUCAAGCUGUGGCAAUAUUGGAAGAUCUUUUAAAGCCAGUGGACGAAUCCGUGGACUACUACAAGAAGCAACAGCUAAGGGAAUUAGCCAUUCUGAACGGCACUUUGCGGGAAGAGAGCCCUCAGUUGAGCCCGAGCCUAUCCCCAUUCAACAGCACGGGUAUGAAACGGGCAAAAACAGGUCGAUGACUCAAGAUUCUGGUGCUUAAUCCAACCUCAACUCAUGGUCUCAAUGCCAAUAUUCAUGGCCUACUAAUCAUUCUUGUUGCGAUCAUCGAAAAAGGCCAGACACCCACCCUAAGGCUCAGCUUGGUUAUAUCCUUUUGAUACAAACAUAUCGUGUGAAGGUUCCUCGUUAGUUGUUUAUCGAUGUCCUCUGAAUCUGUUUGAUUAUUUAUUCUUUUUUCUCCCUUUACCCUUGAAUGGUAAACUUACCGUCGAUGACUUAUAGUGUGAUUUUGCCGUAGAAAUUGAUGUGUUAUUGUUAGUAUGUAACCUUGUACUGAUGGAUUCUUGGCAGUUGAUGUAAUUGAAUGAUUCAGUUGUUUCUUGUA